AGGAAGCUUUCUUGGAUGCGCCACACCCACAGCUAGGUUUUUCUAGGCGCCGAGCUCGCGAUCGCUGCGCCGCCCUCGCGAUUUGAUGCAUCGCUGCUGAAAUAUCGCGGAAUGGAGAGCGGCGGAGGCUCGGAGGUCGAGAAAGAUGCAUUGCAGGCUGUCCAGGUCGCCGUUCACAUCAGGCCCCUCAUCGCGCAGGAGCGGAUUCAGGGAUGCAAGGAAUGCGUUUCGGUUGUUCCCGGCGAACCGCAGGUGCAGCUGGGAUCGCAUUCUUUCACGUUUGAUCAUGUCUAUGGAGGCGGUGGCUCCUCGCCAUCGUCUAUUUUCGAUCAAUGCGUGAGACCUCUUGUCGAGGGAUUGUUCCAAGGCUACAAUGCCACUGUCCUUGCUUAUGGACAGACAGGAUCCGGCAAAACUUACACUAUGGGCACUGGUUACACAGUGGGCGGUAGCAGUGAGGGUGUUAUCCCACAAGUCAUGGACACACUCUUUAGCAAAAUCAAUGCUUUGAAGCACAAGGCAGACUUCCAAGUCCGAGUCUCUUUUAUUGAGAUCUUGAAGGAGGAGGUCCAUGAUCUUCUUGACCCAAAUCCACCGUCUACAAUGAAAACUGAUGCUGCCAACGGCGCACUUUUGAGAGUUGUGCCUGGAAAGCCUCCCAUCCAGAUUCGGGAGACCGGGAGCGGAGGGAUCAUGCUUGCCGGCGUAACAGAAACUGAAGUACGUACGUUACCAGAGAUGGCCGCCUGCUUGGAACAGGGAUCUCUUUGCCGAGCAACAGGAAGCACCAACAUGAAUGCGCAAUCAAGUCGCUCUCACGCAAUCUUUACUAUCAACGUCGAACAACGUCGAAAAUGGGAUUCCUUUCUGAAUGCUGAUACUUCAUCAUUGCCGGAGGACACCGGAGAAGACUUUCUCUGUGCGAAGCUCCACUUAGUAGAUCUUGCUGGUUCUGAGCGCGCCAAGAGAACUAAAGCAGAUGGGAAUCGUUUCAAAGAAGGUGUACAUAUCAAUCGAGGACUUUUGGCUCUUGGAAAUGUGAUUAGUGCUUUAGGAGAUGACAAAAAACGCAAAGAAGGUGGCCACGUACCUUACAGGGAUAGCAAAUUGACACGCCUUUUGCAGGAUUCUUUAGGUGGUAAUAGUCGCACAACAAUGAUUGCUUGUGUUAGUCCUGCGGAUUCUAAUGCCGAAGAAACACUGAAUACUCUGAAAUAUGCUAAUCGGGCACGCAACAUUCAAAACAAACCAAUGGUGAACCGUGAUCCAGUAGUUGCGGAGAUGCAGAGAAUGAGACAGCAGUUGGAAGUGCUACAAGCGGAACUUUUAUGCGCUCAAGCAGCAACCAUACCUGAGGAAAUUCAGAUUCUUAAGCAGAAAGUGACAUGGCUAGAAAGCAACAACCUGGAACUACGGCGUGAACUGCAACAGUCGGCUGAAAGCUGUGCUUUACUUUCCGAGCAAGUCGUUAGUGCACAGGUGGAACGCGAUAAGUUGCAGCUCAAGUUUCAAAAAUUACGUAGUGGCGUGGCGCUUUCGGAGUGUGGAGAGAACGAUACCGAGAGCGAAGAUCUGGUCAAAAACUACUUGAAAAGGAUUCAAGAAUUGGAGCUGGAAUUGCUAAGUGUGAAGUCUAGCAACGCCACCGAUCUUUCGGCUGAAGGAGAAGGGGACGUGGAAGAAGGAGAAGGGGACGUGGAAGAAGGAGAAGGAGAAGUGGACGUGGAUGUAGUUGCUGCAAAAGAGCUGGAGCAUACUAUGCGGCAGGACUGUCUGGACAAGGAACUCGAAGAGCUUGAUAAACGACUUGAACUGAAAGAGGCGGAAAUGAAAGCGUUUGCAAGACCCGACAACGUCGUCUUGAAGCAACAUUUUGAGAAAAAGCUUAUUGAGCUUGAAGACGAGAAAAAAACCCUCCAGAAAGAGAGAGAUGCAUUGCUGAAAGAGUUAGAGGCGCUGGCGACCAGCUCAGAUGAGCAUGCUCAUAAAAUGCAAGAGACGUAUGUCCAGAAGCUCAAGGACCUCGAGCGUCAGAUUGCGGAGCUCAAGAAAAAGCAAGAGAAUCAAGCACAGCUGCUGCGUCAGAAACAACGAAGCGACGAAGCAGCAAAGCGUUUGCAGGAAGACAUUUUGCGUAUGAAGCAGCAAAAGGUGCAACUACAAAACAAAAUAAAGCAAGAGUCAGAGCAGUUUCGUGCAUGGAAAAACGCCAGGGAAAAGGAGGUCUUGCAGCUCCGGAAAGAGGGAAGGCGAAAUGUUUACGAAAUGCACAAACUUCAGGCUCUACACCAGCGUCAGAAAUUGGUUCUUCAAAGAAAAACAGAGGAAGCUGCAGUUGCAACACGCCGCCUGAAAGACAUGCUAGAGGCUUCGGAAGCUUCUUAUGCGAGAAGCCAAUUGCGUAUCAAAGAAAUCGAAAACAGGGAGCUUAGAAAAAGAGUUAUUGAGCUUUCCGAAAGCCUCAAGCAAAGUGAAGCACGCAGAAUGGAGUUCGAAAGGGAUAAUGCUAAACAACGUCGUGAAAGAGAACAGCCUGCUGCAGUUGUUUUAGCAACAGCGUCAAAGGAUGCUGGGCGAGAGAUAAAUGAGCUUUCUGUCGGACUAGCGCAGCUUGUACAUACCGGUAGGAAGUCGUCGCAUUAUGGCAGUGUUGGUUUUGAAAGCAUCCCUUACGAUCUUCGCAAGGCUCCACGGGAAUCCUACAAGAGCAUAACUAGCGAGAGCUCCGAAUGUGAAACGGACAUGGAGAUCGAAGAGAUUGAUCAGUCAGACAAAGACUGGGACGUGGACGACGAGAAGUACAAAGACGGGCUAAAGCUGGGCUCGGCAGGGUGCUGCAGCUGCAGCCAAACCUCAGGCUGCAAAACGAAGAAAUGCCAAUGCAGGCUGGCUGGUGGCUACUGCGGUGCUAGCUGCUCGUGCAAAGCCAGCAAGUGCGCGAACAGAGAGCAUGCGGUGUCCGGGUCAGACAUGGCAGGAACCUCUUCAGCUAGCAGUAGCGUACAGGACGCUGGAUCAGACCGGGGAUCGGAAGAGCUGGCCAAGUAUGGAGCCAAGCUCCUGGACACUGCAUACAAGGAGGAGCUAAGCGCGCAGAUAACAGCCAGUAUCGGUGGUGAAACGGUGGAAAAACCCAGCCAGCGUCGCCCACUCAGCGACAUCGGCAAUACAAGAGUCGUCAUUCCGUCUCGAAAGCCUGGAAAGCAAAAGAGAAAGUCGCAGAAGAUAGUGGUACAACUCGUUCCCGUGGAGUCCAGCACUGCCCCGCAGCCUGAAGCGGUGGCUCCUCCUCCCCAGCCGCCCGCUCUUCCUCCUCUUGCUGUCGAUCAAGCUCCACAAGACAGCGAAGUGGAGCAGCAGCAGCAGCAAAGGUAUCGGCAUCAACGAGAGCAGCCUCUCCAGCCGCGGACUGCGUCAGUGAGCCCGCUUAGAGCUCGCAAUCGGCAUCGAGCAAGAGACGAUAGCGGAGGCGUGAAGAGAGUGUCGAGCGGUCCACCCAGUCCCAGGAAGAAGCACGGCGACGAGAAAGAAAACAUUAGAUAAGAUGCGAAGCAAGAAACAAACGGCAUUACAGCCCAAGUGGCAGCCAUGUCAUCUCUUCACUCCAAAUUAGUGGGAAAAAACGCUUAUUUGAUAAUAUGGAUCUUUUAAGAAUGUUAUGAGCUAAUAAUUUAACAAUGAGAAUAAUUUAACAGCUAA